AUCAGGUCGUGGAUCAUGGCUAACAUGAGGCUCCUCCUUCCUUUCUCGUGUCUCGUCCUCUCGGCGUCCGCCAUUCCAGGCUACACAGCCUACGGGGCAGCGUACCACGGUCCUCCAGCACCCUUGGCUCACGAUGGAAGGGUGGUCGACACACCGGAAGUGGCUCACGCCAAGGCAGCUCACCUAGCAGCUCACGCAGCCGAAGCUGCCAAAGCUGCUCCACUCGGCUACGGCGAUUAUUCCGAUGGAAAAUACGAAGACUACAGCGGCAACUACGUAGCCGCGACUCAGAACAUCUACCACGGUCCGCCCGCGCCCUUGGCUCACGACGGAAGAGUAAUCGACACACCGGAAGUGGCGCACGCCAAGGCUGCGCAUUUGGCAGCUCACGCUGAACAAAUUUCGAAGAUCGCUCACCUCGCUUACGCUGACCCUUAUCCGCAAUCGCAUUGUGUUCAUUUUUUGACGAAAUCCAAUCGGUGGGACACGCACUUUCUGACCAGCGCUUCACUUCUUACAAAAAUGUACGAAAAUGGCUCGAUGACUGGUUUGCCUCAAAAGAGCGACAGUUCUUUUGGCGUGGCAUCCACCAAUUGCCAGACAGGUGGGAAAAAUUCGCUGGAUCGACCUGCGCUGAGCUUCGACAACAUGUUUCGAUAUAUUAUUCUGAUUUCUAUUAUUUUGAACGUGGCCUACUGUGCGCCACAGUGGUACGGAGGAGCCUAUGGUGGUCACGCGGCUCCAGCCCCAUUAGGAGCAGAUGGACGAGUUGUAGAUACUCCAGAAGUUGCUCAAUUGAAAGCAGCUCAUUUAGCUGCUUUGGCUGAUGCAAAUGCGAGGGCACCCAAGGGACCUGGUGUUGCCGGUCCUUACCCCGGCCCUGCUGGUUCCUACGCACCUGGAGGCUAUGCUCCGCAUUACAGUGGACCACCAGCCCCUCUCGGACCAGACGGCCGCGUGGUAGACACACCGGAAGUGCAGCAAGCAAAGGCAGUCCACUUCUCCUUAUACAAUGCGGAGGCUCAAAAAGCUCCAGCCGGUCCAGCUGCUCCUAAUCCGUCAUGGAAUCCUGCGGGUGCUCCCUGGAAUCCCUCCUGGAAUGCUGGCAACAAUUGGAAUCACUAUUAAACUGGCGUUGAUCGCCGCAGAAGAAGAAUCAAGCUGACAGAAAAUAUUCACAUUCGUCCAUUGUUAUCGAUGAUUCGAGAGAAUUUG